GUCUAUUUUUAGAAUUUCGUUAAAUAGUUUUUUUUUGGUUAUCCCUCUUAAAUAUGAGACAAAAACAAAGAUGUCCAAGCAGCUUGGUGUUGUGCAAUCAGAUGAUCAUUGGUGAGGGGGAAAUAGUAGUGUUAUUGCACCCUUAACAUAUCUCUAAACACAGAAAAUGAUUGCAGACCCAAGUUCAAAGGCAUGUCAUCUUGUUAUCGGUCUCGUGUUAAUCUUGAACGCAGUGUUUAUCUCUGCGGCAAAAGUCAAUGUCUUGAACAAGAUUCACAUUGUACACUUGGGAGCAAAGAAACAUGAUACCCCUGAGCUGGUAACUAGAUCACAUUUCCAAAUUCUUGAACCAAUUUUUGGAAGCAAAGAAGCUGCUAAGAAAGCUAUAGUAUACAAUUACAAGCAUGGUUUUUCCGGAUUUGCAGCAAAACUUACCGAUUCCCAAGCGAAGAACCUAUCAUCGCGUCCCGAGGUUCUUUGUGUUCUUCCAAGUCGAGUACUGAGGUUGAAAACAACCAGAAUAUAUGAUUACUUGGGACUUUUGCCUAGUUCUCCAAAGGGUCUUCUACAUGAUACCCGUUUGGGUAGUGAAGCGAUUAUUGGGGUAAUAGACUCAGGGAUAUGGCCAGAGUCAGAGUCAUUCAACGACACAGGUCUAGGACCGAUCCCGAAGCGUUGGAAAGGUAAAUGUGUGUCUGGAGAUGCAUUUGACGCCAAAAAACAUUGCAACAAAAAGAUUAUAGGGGCCGAGUUCUUCUCCGACGGUCUUACUGACGUGAAGGAUGGGCAAUAUGAUUUCACUGGGCAAGACGAGUUUAGGUCACCCAGAGAUGGUGUAGGCCACGGGACGCACGUUUCAGGGAUAGCUGCUGGCUCCGUUGUUGCCAAAGCAAGCUACCAAGGAAUGGCUGGAGGAGCCGCUAGAGGUGCGGGUGCUCAUGCACGCAUAGCUGUGUACAAGGCGUGUUGGGGGAAUGUUGGAUGUCUCACACCUGAUGUACUCAAAGCGAUUGACCAUAGCAUACGUGAUGGGGUUGAUGUUAUAUCGAUUUCUAUCGGUACUGACGCGCCCGCGAGUUUCGAUAUUGAUAAGAGCGAUGUUGCAUUCGGUUCAUUCCAAGCUGUGAUGAAAGGCAUUCCUGUUGUGUGUGCUGCUGGAAACGAAGGACCGGACGCUCAAACCGUUGAUAACGUUGCUCCAUGGAUCAUUACCGUGGCUGCUACGACCAUGGACCGUUCUUUCCCGAUCCCAAUCACUCUUGGCAACAAUCUAAUAAUCCUCGGCGACGGUAUAAACACAUUACCAGAAGUUGGAUUCACAGAUCUUGUAUUAAUAGAUGAAAUGAUGGAGGCCUCUAUCGCACAAGGGCUCACUAAAGAUAAAAUCGUGCUUGUGUUUACUGCAAACAAUGAGGCUAAAGAAAAGGCUGCGCGUAUAAUGAAAGCUGGAUGUGCUGGUAUGAUCUAUGCACAAUCUGUACUUGAUCCUACCGUUUGCGGUGGCUCAAAUGUUCCUUGCGCAGUCGUAGAUUACGAGUUCGGAACUGACAUCUUAUACUAUAUCGAAACCACCGAAGUGCCCAUAGCAAAGAUAAGUCCUUCCAAGACACUCACUGGCCGGCCUAUUGCAACUAGAGUUGCUCGUUUCUCUUGUAGAGGUCCUAAUUCAGUUUCUCCAGCCAUUCUUAAGCCAGACAUAGCAGCACCGGGUGUUAACGUUCUUUCUGCGAUGAAUGGUGGGUAUAGGAUAAUGUCGGGAUCAUCAAUGGCAACUCCUGUUGUGUCGGGAAUCGUUGCUAUGCUCAGACAAGCCCGUCCUAAGUGGUCUCCUGCUGCAAUCCGAUCCGCUCUCGUUACAACAGCUUGGAGGACAGAUCCAUUUGGAGAGCCUAUAUUUUCAGAGGGAUCAACACGUAAACUUGCUGACCCAUUUGACUAUGGAGGAGGCCUGAUCAACCCGGAGAAAGUAACCGACCCCGGACUUGUCUACGACAUGGGCUUGGACGACUAUAUUCAUUACUUAUGUUCUGCGAAUUAUGCUGACAAUGAAAUUUCCAUACUAUUAGGCAAAGAUCACAAGUGUCCUUCCCCAGCGCCGUCGAUGCUCGAUUUCAACAUGCCUUCAAUCACAAUCCCAAGUCUCACGGAAGAGGUCACCGUGACUAGAACCGUGACGAAUGUUGGACCGGUUGGUUCGGUUUACAAACCCGUGGUUGAGCAGCCAUUUGGUAUAGAGCUUGAGGUGAAUCCGAAAGCUCUUGUGUUUGGUUCAAACAACACCAAGCUUAAGUUUAGUGUGAGAGUGAGAUCGAAUCAUAAAGUUAACAGUGAUUUUUAUUUUGGGAGCUUGUGUUGGACUGAUGGAGUUCAUAACGUCACUAUUCCUGUUUCUGUGAGAACAAAGUUCUUGAGGAAUUAUGUUUGAUCAUUCUUCUCUUGUAACUAUAUUUUUUUUUUGUAAUAAAUUCUUUCUGGAUCUUGAGAUUCUUUGAUGGAUAUAAGUCGCAUAUUUUCCAUAUCUAUAUACUACGUAUCUAUAUGUUCAUCAUCAAUAUCACGGAA